AUGUCGGCCACCUUCAUCCCCUUCAUGUUCACAAAGUAUUUACAGGAUGCUUUCAAGGUGCCCCUAGUGAUACAGCUAACUGACGAUGAAAAGUUUUUGUUUAAGAACUUGACUAUUCGGGAAUGUAAAAGGCUUGCCUGUGAAAAUGCCAAAGACAUCAUAGCAUGUGGAUUUGACAUUGAAAGAACUUUCAUUUUCACAGAUUGCGAUUACGUUGGAGGGGCAUUUUAUGAAAAUAAACUUGAAAUUGCCAAACGUGUGACAUUUAACAAUCUGCGGUGCCUUAUCCCAUGCGUAAUAGACCAGGAUCCUUAUUUCAGGAUGACUCGGGAUGUUGCUCCUAAAAUUGGUUUUCAGAAACCUUCACUAAUUGAGUCAAGAUUUUUCCCUGCGCUUCAGGUGAAUACAUAUGCUUUCUCUGGUGGCCAGGACUCUGUAAACCUCCAUAGGGAACUCGGUGCUAACCUUGAUGUGGAUGUUCCAAUCAAGUACUACAUUUCUUCCUAG